UUUCGCCUUUCCGGGGGUUCAACUAACAAUCCAUUCUCUCUCCCCUGCUAUAUUGCCUUGCCUUGUUUUCUCCCUCGUAUAAUCGUAUAUAUAAGCCUUCUCUGGCUAAAACAAACAAACGAAACAAGAGGCAAUUGGGAUAAUACAAAGGGACGUACUCCUUGGCUCAGUUAUCGAGGAUUAUGUGAAGGUGAGAGAAGUCGGUGAGAAGAAGAAGAAGAAGAGAAAAAAUGGUUCAGUCCAAGAGACCAAGAACAUCCUCUCACGAAAUCACGGUCAAGGAAGAGAAGUCUGAUUUCUUCGACGGAUUGCCUGACGACCUCGUUGUUUCAAUUCUCUGCAAACUCAGCUCCUCUGCUUCAUGCCCUUCCGAUUUCAUCAACAUUCUCUUAGCAUGCAAGAGAUUGAAUCGCUUGGGAUUACAUCAUACGGUCCUAUCCAAAGCCGCACCAGAUGCAUUUGCAGUCCAGCCUAAAAACUGGUCCGACGCCGCUCACCGUUUCAUAAAGAAGUGCGUCAACGCCGGCAACACCGAGGCCUGCUAUACUCUAGGAAUGAUCCGAUUUUAUUGCUUAGAAGACAGAGGAAGCGGGGCGUCGUUGAUGGCACGGGCAGCUAAGACACACGCGCAGGCGCUUUAUUCUCUCGCCGUCAUACAAUUCAACGGUAGUGGUGGCUCUAAGCGCGACAAGGAUCUCCGAGCCGGUGUCUCGUUGUGCGCACGAGCCGCCUACCUGGGUCACAUCGACGCGCUGCGCGAGCUAGGCCAUUGCCUUCAAGACGGAUACGGUGUUCGACAAAAUGUCACUGAAGGACGCCGGCUCCUCGUCGAAGCCAACGCGCGAGAGCUCGCGUCAUACAUACGCCCCUUACUGAUGAAGAAAACGCGACCACCGAGAUCGCACCAGCACCACCAUGGGUGCGUGAAGGGUUCGGGGUGUCCGUUGCUCAGUGAUUUCGGAUGUGAUUUACCGGCCCGGAAGGUACACCAAACGAACCGGUUUUUGAAGGAGUGGUUCGAGUCGGGACGCGGAGUGCUGGGCCAGGGAUUGAGACUGUGCUCGUAUGGUGGGUGCGGUAGGCCCGAGACAAGGGCUCACGAGUAUCGACGGUGCUCGGUUUGUGGCACGGUUAAUUAUUGUUCGCGUGGAUGCCAAGCACUUGAUUGGAGGAUUAAGCACAAGGUGGAAUGCGUUCCGAACGAGGAGUGGAAUGGAGAAGAGGUUGGGAAUGGUGUUGGAGGUAUGGUGGAGAUGGAGGAUGCCGAACCUGUGAUCAUGGAAUAACCGAAGCUGGGGGGGAAUUAACAAAGGCCUACAUGGCUACAUUAUUGUGCUUAAUUGGGUAUGGAAUUUAAGGAUAGGCUUUUUUUGUUGUUCUUGUUCUUUCUUUGUUUCUUGUUUUUAUUUUUUGUAUAUACCUUCUCUUCACCGCAAACCAACAAUUUUCUUUCAUUUGGGUUAUUCUGCAAGGACGUUAUUUGCUAUGCUAUAUAUUAUUUUGUUAGAAAAUCUACCCAAAUACUAGAUAUUAAUAUUGUCCACUCUGGGCUUUAGCUACAUAGCUUUGUUCUUAUGGGUUGUUGUCCAUGGUGUUUUAAGUCCCAUAAAAUACCUUUAUUUUGUGGUAUUUAAACCCAUAAAAGAUAUUGAUUGCGUGAGAGA